AUGGAACUACACCCCAAGGCCCGUGAAAAUGGCAUCCACAAGAAUCGGACGAGGAAGCUAUCGCCUCUAGUGCGGUUUGCAAACUUUGUCACAGAGGAAACUAGUUUCUUUCGCGCCCACCUCGCUGCUUUCACCUUUAUACCACUCAUAUUCUCAGGAAUCUUCUACGCUUCGAACGGCCGGCGGUUCUUCACCACUCACUGUGAAUAUGUCGCUGCAAAGGAGAAAGCCAAACCAAGAUCAAUACGCACAAUGCGCUCAAAGUCGUCUUUCAUGCGAUCAAUAUCUGCCCCAACGAAUUAUUACAAACAAAGACAACCUGUUCAAGGUCAAGAAAACCGGACAGAGGCUCCAGUUCCUUCAAAUGGACCUCACAUACACUUCCAAGGACCGACACCUGGAAAUACGUUGGGAAAUAUCCCCGAGCAGGUCGUACAAUCCCCCAUCGACAUAUACAACGAGCCAAAUCACAUAUCUACGAUGACUGACGCACCCAUGGUAUCCUCAUCUCCAAAAUCGCACGCCACCUUCCUAUCUCCUGUCUCUGACCGAGCGCCGCGAUCGCCACCAGUAGUCGGAUUUGCUGAAUCUACUGGCUUUCAGGCAAGAACGGGCCAUUAUACACGAGGUUUGCUCGAUUCUUCCUCAUCCUUUAACGACACGCUCACCGUGUCCAACUCUGUAGAGGGCAAGACAAUACCACGUAAACGAUCUACAGUGCUUGCUCGAAAACCAUCCAACAUCCCCGGUGUCCCACCAGAGAAGCAGAACGCAUCAAAGUACCAAGGACUCGGCGGUUUCCCCGGGCCCAUCCACCUCGCCAAUCAGGCACUGAAACUCGUCAUUCCGCAAACGUACCAUAAGAUGGAACGCACAAUGACGAUGACGACAGUCACAACGCUGCAGUCCACGGCUACACCAUGGCUCAAUUUCAACGGACUCGUCGUGGGGAGGAAUUCGGAUUUUCGAACGGACUCGUUGACAGAUUCGGAACUGGAGGAUUUGGGAGGGGCAGAAUACCGUGCGCUCAAGUUGUUGAGCUGGCUCGUACCUACGUAUUUUGUGGGUUGUCAGCUUCUGGCCGUUCUAUUAUUUUUGCCAUGGCUUUCUGCCACGAAGUCGUAUGAUGCAGUUUUUGAGAAUCAACCCCGCUUGGUGUCUAAGCCAUGGUUUGCUUUCUUUCAGGUCAUGGGAGCAUAUACCGGCGGAGGACUGUCACUUGUUGACGCCGGAAUGGUUCCGUUUUCCAACGCCUACUUGAUGAUAAUUGCUCUCGUGUUCGUUAUUCUUGCUGGAAAUCAUGCUUUACCUAUAUUCCUGCGUCUAAUUCUAUGGACAUCGUCGAAUCUACUAGACGAGGACUCACCGGCACAAGAUGCUUUAUCGUUUCUCCUUGAACAUCCUCGACGAUGCUUCCUAUAUCUCUUUCCUAGUCACCAAACAUGGUUUCUUGUCAUUUGUCUGGUAUUGUUCAGUGCAACGGAAUGGGUCUCCUUCGAGGUGUUGAAUCUGGGUCUGCCGGCCUACGAAGCAAUACCAAAGGGACCUCGUAUACUUGCCGGGCUGUUCCAGGGUCUUGCAGCUCGAGCCUCGGGGUUCUCCAUCGCACCUCUAGCGAGCCUCGCUCCUGCACUGCUCUUCCUAUAUGUCGUCAUGAUGUAUAUUGCUAUUUACCCAGUGGCGUUGAGCAUCAGGUCAACUAAUGUAUAUGAGGAGCGUUCUUUGGGUAUAUUCGAAGCACCUCCGGACGACGAAAAUGAUGAGCCCGCGGACCUGAAUCAAAUACCUGAAGGCACUGAACGUGUUGGACGCUACCUCGGCUGGCACAUGAGAAGGCAGCUAUCCAUAGAUAUAUGGUGGCUCGUCUGGGCAGUAUUUCUCGUAGCCAUUAUUGAGCGCGGAAACAUCAUGGAUGAGUCCAAAAAGUGGUUCGAUCUAUUCCGAGUCCUCUUUGAACUUGUCUCUGCUUUUGGAGGUAUUGGCCUCAGUUUGGGAUUUCCUGAUGACAAUUUUUCAUUCGUUGGAGCCAUGUCUCCUCUAUCAAAGCUUGUUGUGAUUGUAAUUAUGGUUCGAGGACGACACAGAGGACUCCCGGUUGCAGUUGACCGCGCUGUUCUACUGCCGAGAGAGAUGCAGGUCAAUCAAGAUCCCAAAGGUACCAAAGUGGAAAUCGGUGCAGCCGACCACGAAAAGGGAAUACUAGAUGAUGGCAGCCCUAUCCCACCACCGGAGUCCUCAGAGUUAUUUGGCGUUCGGUGA